CAAAUCUAUAUGACCAUUUUGGUCCAUUAGCCCGAGUUUACCUCUCCCUAGGUGGCCUCGUCUUCUUCAUUCAAUCCCAAACUUCGCACAGAAACCCAGUGGAAGUCGAACAAACCAGAAACCGAAAACCCCAAAUCCCAUGUCAUAACUCAUAGGUCUGGACCCUAAAUUCCUCGUCUUUCUCCAUUUCAAUUCCGCGUUUUAAGUUCCCAUUUCCCAAUCUUGAUUCCUCUUCUCGUCCCUGCCAUGCCAAGAAAGCAGUUGUCUUUCACUCUCGGCCGCCCACGGAGCUUAUCAUCUCGCCUGCAAUUCUCGAACUAGUCAUCUUCUCUGUGGCUCCAUAAAAAUUGGGGGGUUGGCACCGUAACUGAUGUUCAGGAACAGCAACAUUACUGCUCGGCUUUUCGACCGCCAAAUCUCAGCUCCUGCUCCUGGAACUAGUGUUAACUGCAAUAGAAGAUUUUAUGAGAAUUUAGUCCCGAGUCAUACCAUCUAUGAUGUUGAGUGCCCGGAUCUUUCAUUCUGUAAAUUUACUCAUGAUGGUCGAUACCUCAUCACCUUUAGUAGGAACCACCAGGAUCUAAUAGUAUACAGGCCGACAUGGUUGUCGUAUUCGUGCGAAGGAGAAGUUUGUGAUCUACCCUCGAAAGCGAGGAGGUUUGAGAGUUUCUUCACCCAACUGUACAGUGUCACACUUGCUUCGUCGGGCACUGAUGUUAUAUGUAAAGAAUUUUUCCUUUACAUGGAGGGUAACCAGUUUGGCAUAUUUGCUACAUCUACAACACAAAUUCAGGACACUCCAGCUAUUGGAGGUGCUAUUCAGGGAGUUCCUUCUUUUGAGAGGAUUGCAUUUCAUCUCUUGAGAUUGGAAGAUGGAAUAGUACUUGAUGAGAAGGUCUUUCAGAACGAUUAUGUUAAUUUGAACCAUGACAUGGGUGUCUUGUAUGAUGAUCUACUAGCAAUAGUGUCGAUUCGCUAUCAAAGGAUACAGAUUCUCCAGAUCAGGGAAUCUGGCCACCUUGUUGAUGUUCGUGCUUUAGGUGCAUUCUGUUACGAAGAUGAUGAACUUUUCCUCAAUUCUAGCUCUCAGUGCAUGCAUCAACUCUCAGAGAAUCAUGCUGAGAAUGGUUUACAUGCCAAUCAGCCCAAUCCAGAUAGUCUCUUUUUGAGUGGUAUCAAGCAGCGGUUGCUGUCCUUUAUCUUUCGGGGAAUAUGGAAUGAGGAAGUUGACAGAUCACAGACAGUUCAAUCAAUGAAGAAGAAGUUCUAUUUCCACUUUCAAGAUUAUGUGGACCUGAUUAUCUGGAAGGUACAGUUUCUGGAUCGUCAUCACCUGCUUAUCAAGUUUGGUAGUGUAGAAGGAGUGCUUCAAUACUCUCGAAGUGCUGAUCACCAUCCAUCAUUCUUUGCAGUAUAUAACAUGGAGACAACUGAAGUUGUUGCAUUUUACCCGAAUUCAGCCUAUGAACUUUGUGGCUUGUUUGAGCAGUUCGGCGAUCAUUUCUAUUCAGCAUCAAGAAAUUUGUUGCACUUGAAAUUUAUAUCAUCCCACUCCAAUAACAUCCAUGCUUCUGACCAACUCCGGAUCGUGAAGAAUAAAGCUAGUAGCUCUUUGCAGUUCAUAAGGAAGAUACUGGCUUCUCUGCCUUUCAAUUGUCAGUCACAAAGUCCUUCGCCCUAUUUUGACCAUUCUCUCUUCCGCUAUGACGAAAAGUUGAUCUCUGCAACAGAGAGACAUAGAACAUCUGUGGAUCAUCCCAUUAAGUUCAUUUCCAGAAGGCAGCCGUCCGUGCUCAAGUUCAAGAUUAAGCCAGGUCCAGAAGCUGGUAAUGUGGAUAAUCGAACGAGGAAGGCAUCUUCUUUCCUCUUCCAUCCUUUUCUGCCACUGGCUCUCUCCAUUCAACAAUCUAUGCAUUUCCCGCCGUCGAUGAACAUCCAUUACCGGCAAUGAAGACGACCCUUUCCCCCUUUCCGUUCCUAUACUACCUGGGUUUUCAUCAUGAAACUACAUCUCCAAACGAACUGCUGCGGCUUGUUGUGAGGAAGAUGUAUAUCCUCGCUAUGUGAACUCUUAUUCCGGAUCGAGGAAGUUGGUAUUAGACAAUUACCAUCGCGUUUUUCAGAGGAAUCACGCGAAUUUUCCAACGGGUUUGUUUGAUCUUCCCCUCAAUAUCAAUGUAUAAAAUUUGCUGUACGGUGUAAUGAAUGCCAGAGAAGAUUAGAUCCCUAAUCUUUUGUGAUUUCCUUUCUAUAUUUUUCUUUGAUUUGUGGUUCUAAUUCUUACGAGUGCUCGAGAAGUCAUCCGAAAAUUUUGUACGUAACAUGCUGC